AUGCAAGUUGUAUGCAAUGAAAUUAGAGAUCGUAUAAAUAAGUACGAGAAAAGAGAUAAAAAUUUUGAAAACAACUCAAAGAAAAUCUUCUUAAGCGUAGUACCGUCAAGAUUAAAAUUUACCUUUGAUUCUGACAAUUUUAAAGUUCAAGAAAAAAUAAUCGAAAUCACAAACUACUUUCCUAAACCAUGUCCGAUUCUAUUGAUACCACUGGAAAGUCAAUAUUUUCGAAUUGCAAAUGUCUUUCAGAGACAGUGGCUCAAUCCUGGAUCCGUUUUAAAAAUAAAUAUUUUAUUUAUACCUGACGAAAACAGAGAUUAUAACGAUGUAUUAAAAAUUCGAUAUUUCAAUAAUCAAUUAAUGGAGAUAAAAAUUUUCGCCAAAAUUGUGACGAUAUUUUCUUUUCCUAGCACUGUAAGUUUUGGAAAUGUACCUCUUGAUCAACCGGUUUGUUACAAAAUACCGAUACGUUCUCAUUCGAAGAAAGAAUUCUCGUUCGUGAUUUGGCCAUCUAAGGAAAACUCGUGUGUCGACAUUUAUCCUCGUUGGGGUCGUGUAAAAGCUAAUCAAGAACCUCUGAUAAUCAUGAUAAUUUAUAGACCACUUCGAUAUAUAAGUAUGCAUUUUCAAAUUCGAAUAUUUAUAUCGGAUUUAUGUAAAACUCCACAUAUUAUAAAUUUUUAUGCGUAUACUAGACCAGGCCUUUUACGGUGAGAAUUCUUGUAGACAUAAGUUUAGUUUGUUUGAAAAUAAAACAACGGUAAAUGUUUGACAUAAUUAAAUACGCAUGAAAUAUUUAGCGAAUCGAUAGAAAAUAUUAAAUCGGAAACGAAACGCAACGAAGAAGGAAAAAAAAUUGGCACGCUAGCUUGCAGAGAAGUAAAAACAAUUUUCCGAAAGAAAAACAAAUUGAAACCACAUGUAAAAGAAUCUACUGUAAAGUACACAGACUUUGGGAAAAAUUUAUUACAAAAAUGCGGUCAUUUUCCCUUGUAUUCUCUACAUGCUAUCAACUGUAUUUUGAAUUCAAAAACUCAAAGAUCUUUCGAUGAAUACGAGUUGAAUGGUUGGGCUUCUUGCAUAAAAAUUUCCGAAAUGCAUACAAAACCUGAAUUUAAAUACAUUGUUUUACGUCGUUUUUUCAUUUAAUAGGUCCAUUAGGUGCACAUCUCUUUGAAAUUAUGGAACAGAAAGCACAGAAACAAAAUGAAUUUUUGACGAAGGUAGAAAGUUGUCGUUACGAAAAUGAACAUACGAAAUUUCAUCAUAAAACAAAAGUAAAUUAUGGUACCAAUGAUACGAAUGAAAAUGAAAUUAUUCAAAUUAAAAUUCAACGAGAACAAGCGUGGGAUGAAUACAAACAAUUAAUAUCAAAUU